AAUCUCUCCGACUCUCCGUAGCUGCACCCAUUUCACCAAUAACGUCCACGUCGGCCUGCAACCUACGGUCGCUUUCUCGAGCUACGAACCUGACUAAACUAGUCGUCAUGACGCUUCGAUGUGAGCAAUCUCGAUCAAUGCGAUGGAAGAUAUGUCAGCUCGGCGGUAGAGAAAGAACGAACUCCGAAAGGAUCGAAGUCCUUCUUUGAGAUGUAGACGUGUAUAUAUCGCCAUACGGAGGGUGCUAGCUCCAUGACCACCAGCAACACCAUCUCUGUCACAUCCACUUUCACCAUUAACACCCAAAUCCCCCUCUCUCACAGAGCAUCCAACCGGCACCAUCUACCAUAACCACACCAGACCUCUCCUUUUAAGCAACCCCAUCAUCCCUCACAGUCACUCGCAAUGGCUUCCCCCAAGGUGAUCGUCUUCGGCCCCACAGGCGGCGUCGGCUCCGCGGCCGCGCUCACGGCACAGCAGUGCGGCGCCCAGGUGGUCCUCGCAAUGCGCGACACCCACAAGCCCAUCCCGGGCCUCACCCCGGAACAGGAGCGGGCGGGCGGCUUCGAGCGCGUGCAGGCGGACCUGACCAAGCCCGAGACCGUGCAGGCGGCCGUGGUCCAGACGGGCGCGAAGCGCGCCUUCAUCUACGUGGCCAUCGGGGCGCCCGACCACAUGCGGGCGGCCAUCACGGCGCUGAAGGCCGGCGGCGUCGAGUUCGUCGUCAUACUGAGCAGCUGCAGCGUGCAGGGCCAGGGCGACGACCUGCGGCGCUACACGCCUGCCGAGUUCAUCAACUGGCAGCACGCGCAGGUCGAGCUCGUGCUCGAGGAGGUGUUCGGCACCGACCGCUUCGCCACCAUCCGCCCGGGCUACUUCGCCAGCAAUUUCUUCGGCUUCAAGAAGGCCAUCGCCGCCGGCGGGACCGUCAAGAUCCCGUAUCCCGAGGCCAAGUUCGACUACAUCGCGCCCGAGGACAUCGGCCGCGUCAGCGGGACCGUACUGGCCGGCGGACCCCAGGCGGUGGCGGCAGCGGGUGGGAAGCACAUCAUCUACCUGGCGGGCCCCCAGCUCGUGCCGCAGGGCGACGUUCUUGUCAUGAUUGGGAAGGCGCUCGGCAAGGAUCUGAAGGUCGAAGGGUUUGCGGAUGACGAGGAAGCGGUCAAGUUCCUCGUUUCCGUCCAGGGGACGCCGGAGCCGGUUGCCAAACAGCUCGUCCGGGGUUAUAAGGCCACGGCGGAAGGACAGGAUGUGUUCCCCGCGGGUACCCUCGAGGAGGCGGUCGCUAAUUCUGAAAAGUAUGGGCGGAAACCCGGGACCAAGAUCCAGGACUGGGUGGAGACGAAUAAGGACAGGUUUGCUGCCUAAGAUGGGCUCAGAGAGGCGAUGGUGUUAGCAACGAUCUGGCUGAGAGAGCUAGCGAAAGACGUACUCUGUACCAUAAGUAGAGGCGGAAAUGAAUAGGUAGUUGAAUUGCGGCAUGUCGAUGCGCUGAUCCAAAAGAUGGAUCGAUGGAUGAGUGUGACAGGGACACGGUCUGGAACAAGUUGUAGAUGCUGCUCGUUGGUUCCUCAUUUUACUACCCAAACGUCACUCUUCAAUUCCUGCAAUGCUGCGAGGGAAGUUAGAGUAUCAAGUUGCCUGGCUGUGGUAAGUAACCAUGGG